UUCUCAGCCGUCAACAUCGCCCUCAACGGCGUUCGAGUGGCCUGUACGGUGCCUAGCUAGUACUUGGUUUAGUACUCUCCCGAUCUGUCUGUCUCUUCUGUUGCGUAGCCGUGCAGCCAGUGAUAUUGGUGCGGAAACCCCGCGACGCGAUUCCCAUCUAUCUAGUGAGGUCGAGUCGCAGUGUCAGUUCCUCGAGGAUAUGAUGAAGUGCUCAACGCUCUUGGUGAUAAUGUGAGUGAGGGAUGUCUGUUCGUAAAGGAGUUUUGACCAGCUGCCUUAGCUGGGAAGAUGAAGAAUCACCAGACGGUGAAGCAGUUAAAGAUUCGGCACCUGGACACCAGAUAUCAUUGCUCCGCAGAUUCAGGGCCGUGAAGUCUUCUUGAGGAACUCAUUUUCGCGCUAGACAUGUAUAGAAUAUCGUACGAAAAAUGUGUAUGUUUUAUAUUUCUAGUGAUUUUAGCCGUUUUAAGUUGUUCUGGUUUCCGCAUAGAUAAUUUAGCCAUGACGGACAUUAGCAAAAGAAAUUUCCAUACCUCAAGUAGUUUUUCAAAUUCUGAUGAGUUUUUCGAUAGGAUUUUUAACGUUCGUAGUUCACCAAGUGUUGAUACAAUUACUCCAACGUAUCGUCACAAGAUCAGACACCACAGGCAGUUGAGGGCACAAGCUCACAACUCGCACCGACGUUACGACCCGCAGAAGCCGCCCACAGGCCACAUAGAUGUCCAGGUCUUCCCGCCUCGUGCGGCCGGCUUCCCUCCGACCACGCAUCCCAGCGAACACUUUGCCCAGAUUCCAUCUACCGACAUCCACCAUCCCCUAUUCCCGACCAGACCCAUCGUGACCCGCUCCCAGCGGUCCUCCGACAACAAGCGCCAUCAAUGGCAGCACAGCCAAGAGGAAGACAUUUCCAGGAAGGCCUUCAGAGCCGAAAUCGUCGUCCUCGCCCAGGCUGAGAGCGGUUCCACAUGCGAAUGUUUUUUCAAAGUCAACACGACUUUUAAAAAUACCAAGCAGUUUCCGGUCAACGAUCGGAUCCUGCUGAAAAUCCCCUGCGAUAAAGACGAAAAGUCUCCCAAGUCCAAAAACCUAGUCAGAAACAAAAUCCAGUUGGGGAAGAGUUACAUUCUCUUCCUCAACGCAUCUAAUGCCCAUACCUAUUGGUCGGUAGACGUUCCCAAAAUGAUUAGACCAAUUAAGAGAGCGAAGAUUGAGAAGGUCAUUAAGAGAGUUUGCAAAACAAAAUUCGAAAUACGGUAG